AUACUCACGCACGCACAUACACACAGUCAUACACUCACGCGCACACACACGGUCAUACACACACGCGCACACACACGUAUAUAUGCAGGAUAUACCUGGAAAAAUGGAAAUGUAGAGUUACACAUACAGUACUUAAAUCACAACGACCAUGGAUUAUUACCAUUUUUCUCCUGGGAGAACUGUUUAAGUGAACACCACAAGUUCGAUAAACACUUUAAACCAUACUCUACCCUAACAAUGGUUGGACAAAACUAUUACAUUUUGGAUAUUCAAAUUUGGACGGAUUUUAUAUAAAUUUUACUGGCCACCAAUGUCCUUUAAUCUAUUAAAUUUUGGAGUGAUAUACAAAAACUAAAGGCAAUACUUCUAAAAACAAAUCUGGACUCGAACACAGUUGUACUUUGUUAAAACCUUUGUUAGAAUCUUAAUAACAUUAGCACUAAACUUUACCAAAUUCAUCAGUGAAAAAAUAUUGGAUCACUUGGGAAAACUUUUACACUUUUAGAAGGAUAAAUAACUUACGUGAAAGAUCUGGGUCCAGAAUGCGAAACGGAGUGAUUUAUUACUGCUUCCGAAAUAUACUGCCUUCCAUGGUGGGGUCUCUAUUAUCUUUAGUAAUAAUAGUUUUAGUACAAUUUGAACAGACGGCAGCUAGAUUGGAUUUUAAACACCAUACAAAUGCGGAGUUGCGGAAAUAUCUUAUCAAUGUGAAUCGAAGAUAUCCGGAUAUUACUCAUUUACAUUCUAUUGGAAACUCUGUUGAGGACAACCCGCUAUUGGUUCUCAAGAUUUCAGAAUCAGUCCAUAAACAUAGCAUUUUAAAACCUCAUAUAAAAUAUAUUGGGAAUAUUCACGGAAAUGAGGUUGUUGGACGAGAACUACUUCUUCACCUCAUCGACUAUUUGGUAACAAAUUACCGAAGAAAUAGCACGGUAACCAGGAUUCUACAGACGAGCGUCGUACAUAUCCUCCCUACAAUCAAUCCGGAUGGCUAUGCCCGAGCCACCCUGGGUGACUGUACGAGUGUCGUGGGAAGGUAUAAUAGGCGCAUGUCUGACCUGAACCGAAAUUUCAAUGAAAAUCCUGCUUCAUCAAAAAAAAUCGAACCUGAAACCCGAGCGAUUAUGAAUUGGAUUCGCUCGAAUACAUUUGUAUUAUCUGCUAGCUUUCACGGUGGAGCCGUCGUCGUUAACUACCCGUUUGACUACACGAGAGGGAAUAUGGAUAAAAUUGCCUACUCAAAAUCUCCGGACGACGAUGUGUUUGUGUAUUUGGCACUAAAUUAUUCUAGAAGUCAUCACGACAUGCACCAUUCUAUAAAUUGUUCCACGAAUGAAUAUUUUAAAGACGGGAUUACAAAUGGUGCAGCAUGGUACCCUCUCAAAGGGGGUAUGCAAGACUAUAACUAUUAUCAUGGUGUGAUGGAAAUCACAGUGGAAUUGUCUUGCUGUAAAUAUCCUCCCGCCGAAACCUUACAAGUUUACUGGGAAAAAAAUAAACGAGCACUUAUAAAUUAUCUUCAGUUGGUUCAUAUGGGUGUAAAAGGCCUUAUUAUGGAUGAAAGCGGGAACCCAGUUUUCAGAGCUAAACUUAGUAUUGACGACAGAUAUAUAACUUUUCGGUCCUCAAAAUUUGGAGAAUAUUGGCGGUUAUUACUACCCGGUAACUAUAUAUUAAAGGUAAAAGCACGGGGAUUUAGGGAUUACCUUUCUCAACCGUUCCGUGUGAUUCCUGGACGAGUGCACCGGUUAGAUGUGGUUUUGACACGGAGAAACAGUUUAACAACAAACAGAAGGAAAUCACAAAAAACAACAAGUCUAUUACGUGAAGUGACUACACAAAAUAUGCUUAGUAUAAAAGGUGCUACAAAACCAAUGAAGACGACACAACAGCAUACGCAAAAAGUGGUUGAAAAUUCCCACGAAGACAAACUUUCAAAGGCGCACACAACACAAGCUUUAAGGCCGAGCACUUACUUUCUGCAGUGGGCGUUUCUUUUCACAUUUACACAAUUUCUCUGAUAUUUGAUUCCACAUAGAUAUGAGACAAUUUUUUUCACGACAAGGCAACUGGGCCGUGUGAGGGACGACACAAACCAACAGAAAUGAAUUUGUAUAUAAUGUGUAUAUAUAUAUAUAUAUAUAUAUAUAUAUAUAUAUAU